AUGUCAGAAGCAAGACCGCGUCCUCGACCACGACCUAAGCCAAAGCCAAAAGCCUCCUCCAGUAGCUCCAUCAACGAUUCCUCCACACAAGGGACCUCGAGCACAUCCAACUUGCAAGAUGAAGACGCGUUAUUCAUGCGCAACACGUCGCGUACAUUGAAGGACUGGAAGGUAUUAGAGCAGUUAGAUGAACGCGCAUCGGCCAAACCGCCUCGUGCACUCGAUAGCGACGAGGAUGGGUCUCCAAAGCGCAGAGGCCGUAAGCGCAAGUCUGAAGAACAGGACCACCCAGUUCCCCGGUGGGAGAGAGACCAGGAUAUCAUCCGCUUUCUCUCCGAAGAUCCAGGUCGCUCUGAUUCUGACGACGACGUCGAGAUCGUUGAACAUGGUCCUAGGAAAGGGAAUAAACGCAUACGCAAAUCUGCUCGCAGUCGAUCAAGAUCAAAGUCCAUCACCCCUCCUCCAGACAUCCCUUUGCAUCAACUUAUUAAUGCGCGGAACGUCGUUCGUCAAGCCCUAGCACCUGCUCCAAGACCAGCGUCCCCCACAGCGUUUGAUCCAGAUGAAUCCACUGACACCAUCAUUCUUGCUCCUGAACUUGCUAUGAUUGCCAAAACUACCAAAUCCCAAGCAUCAUUCCCCCAACUAUCAACUGGCAGCUCAUUUUCAGAGGAACCUGCUCCGCAUGCUACUGGGAGCAUCCUCAUAAGCGUGCGCUGGAGGCCCCACCCACUCGACGCGAUCGGCAAGGCCGAAAUAUGGGCGUUCAAGAUGAAUCGCGAUGACACGUUCCACGUGCUUUUUGACUCGGUAGCAGAUUCCGCCAGUGUUCUUGUCGACAACCUGAGAGUCAGCUACAACGGCGUUCGACUGUUUGCCUCCGUGACUGCUGAUGCCCUAGAGAUGCCGCCUGAAGCCGAACUGGUUGCUUGCGACCGCGCAACAUUCGAGUAUCUUCGCAACCAGUCUCUACCCAGCAUUGGGGGCGACAUCAAUGCCCUUAUAGAUGAAGAAGAGUCAGUAGCUGCUGCGGACAAAUCCGAUGAAUCCGAUGCAGAGUCCGAAGCCAGCCAGAGCGAUACAUUCAAACUGAUAAUCCGGUCGAAAUUGACCAAGGAUAAAGACAUCACGUUAACUGUGCGCCCUACAACCAAAUGUGGUGCCAUCGUGAAGGCCUUCCUCAAGAAAGCAGGAUUAAGCGAGCAAUACCCAUUAGCAGGAGAAGUCGGAGCUCCUGCCAAACCGCAACCCAAGAACAAGAAAGGCAAGGGCAGUAAGGCGGUAGCCGCAAAGGACCCUAAAUUAUCUAUCGACGGCGAUGAGGCUGAUAAUGGCACUCAGAUAGAGGCAUUCGAUCUAGAAGAUGGUGAUCAAGUUGAAGUCGUUGGUUUGUAA